GCCAAGUGAUAGUUUCCUUUAUAAAUCCACUAAGCACACUCUAAAACUCAAAGGACAAACACAUUUAGAAAGAGAAAAAGAAAGAAAAAUGUCAAUGGAUAUGAUGGCAACAGAACGUGUUUGUUAUGUUCACUGCAACUUCUGCAACACCAUUCUAGCGGUAAAUGUUCCAUUCAGCAGUUUGUUAACCAUAGUGACAGUAAGGUGUGGACAUUGUGGUAAUUUGCUAUCAGUUAACAUGAUGGCAGCAUCACUUCAACCAUUUCCUCCUCCUACUCAACUCCCUCAGCCACAGAAACAGCACAUAAUCUAUGAAGAACCAAACAUCAAAGAAAUGGGAUCAUCAUCUUCAAAAUGCAACAAAAUAGCAUCAUUUGAGACCGUAGUAGAGCAUGAACAACCUAGGAUUCCUCCCAUUCGACCUAUAGAGAAAAGACAUCGGGUUCCUUCUGCUUAUAACAGGUUUAUUAAGGAGGAAAUUCAAAGGAUUAAGGCCAAUAAUCCAGAUAUUAGCCACAGGGAAGCUUUCAGCUCAGCGGCAAAAAAUUGGGCACAUUUCCCUCAUAUUCACUUUGGGAAGCAACAAGCAAAGUUGGACCUGGUCCAUGCUGAAGAAACUCAUGAAAAGUCUAAUGGAUUCUACUAAUAUAAUUAUCGUAGCAUUUGUUAUUUCUAUGCUUCACCUAAACCUGUGAAAAUUCAUGAGGUUCUUCAACAUUAUUUCCUAACCUCAGCGACGUUUAAAAUCCUACUAUAUUUUAUGUGUUUCCCUUUCAAUUCUUGUUAAGAAUUUAUUUCUAUUUUUGUGAUUUUUGUAUUCAUUCUAUAAUAUAUAUUGAACUUAGCACUUAUAAGUAGAACAUGUUCCCUUUAUCGUUAUAUAUUUAUUGAAUUUUUUU